AAAAAAAAAAAAAAAAAAAAAAAAAAGAAAAAAUAAAAAAAAAAAAAAAGCUCUUCCCCCAAACCAAUAGAGACCAUUGACAAUUCACUCUUCAUUCACCUCUCAUGCAUGCAGCUCUUCAUCUCGAGGAAGUUAGGGUCGCCAUAGGAAAGCUUCUUAACCCAGACUCGCUCAUUGCAUGUGCAUGUUGCUGUCGUGAAUGGCACGACUCCUUCAUCCGCCUUCUUUGGCACUCCGUUGUUUUUCGGAAAACAGGAGCUAGAAUAUCCACACUACCACCUCUAGCGUUACUUGAACGACACAAACAUCUGAUUCAAUAUUUAACUGUCAAUGGUUGCAACGUUCCUGUCUACCUAUCUCUUCAAGGCUGCUCCCUUCUAACGAACCUCACACUCCAAGGUCGACUUUUCCGUCAAAGCCCCAGUGAAGAUUGGCUUCAUUAUUGGACUCUGUUAAUAAGUAACCAUAGCUCAACCCUGCAAACCAUCAACGUUCACUGUAUCUCCGGUGCCAACGUGUCGGGCGGAUUUUGCAGUGCCAUCGCCUCUUGCUGCCGCCUUGAAGCACUUCACCUGGAAGGGCUAUUGGUUCCUCAAGUCCGAGGUGCAGAGCUCUGGGACGCUUGCCGCAACAUCAAAACACUGACUCUUUGUGGCAUGCAGUUCCCAAAAUGGGACAAUACGUUCGUAGGAGUUUCUCGUUUACGUCGCCUCAUUGUUAAAAGUCCAAUAUCAGGUGUUAAUGGCCUUGAAUGGAUCCAACAUUGCCCUGAGCUCAGGUCAUUACAUUGGCAAGGCUACGAACAAGCGCUCCAAUUUCCAAGGAAACAAUUUGUACAGGCGCUAGUCUGUGGAGCAUGGCCUCACCUGGAGGAACUGCACAUGGACGACACAGCGUGGUGUGAUGAGAGCCUGGGAACAGCCUUGGAAGGGAUACGCAGCCUAGUGACGCUUCGGGCUACUAUCUCGUCGUUUGGUCCACUUUCCAUGCGAGCUAUAGAAAAACAUUCAUCUACUGUUGUUACAUUGGACUUGACGAAUUGUCUGAUGCUCAAGGGACCCAUAAUCCAAAAAAUCCUCUCAUCGAUGACUGCACUCAAAUAUCUCUCAGUAGGCAGAAUAGGGUACAUGGACGUCGUGCGAGGCUCGCCAUGGGCCUCCGUCAACCUUCAAGAACUCACUAUUAAUAUCGACAUGAGUAGUCCAAGGCUGUCGGAGCACGAGGACCUGGACUCGUCAUACCAAUCGGAUAAAAGCAAAACAACUUUAAAUGAUUUAGACAGCUCAGCUUUUACGACCCAUCAAAAGCUCGUUUACAGUCGCAUUGCAUCCUUGACAAAGCUAAGAGUCCUUCAUUUAAAAUCCUUUUGGUUAACUGGAGAAGGAAUAUGGAGUCCAACAUUGGAUUUGACUCUCAGUGCAGGUUUAGAUUACUUGUCACCACUCAAAGAACUCUGGAGUUUCUCGUUUAUGGGAAAUCCUCAAAAGAUGGGUAUGGAGGAAAUCGAGUGGAUGGCUCAAAACUGGCCUAGGCUUGCAAAACUCACAGGCCGCUUGAGUACAGAUCCGGAUACCUACUAUGAAAUGAAGCGUUUGCUGAAUAGCCAUCGCAUCCAAGUCUUUGAUAUACCCAUACGCAUCUAAAUCAAGCGAAAAAAAAAAAAAAAAAAAAAAAAAAAAAAAUCAAUAUGAAU